AUGUUUGAAUGGUUAUUUGGGAAGAGGCUUACACCUCAGCAACAAAUGAGGAAAAAUCAGCGGCAAUUAGAAAGAACACAAAGAGAGCUUGACAGGGAAAAAAUGAAGCUUCAACAACAAGAAAAAAGGCUAACGCAAGAAAUUAAACGGUCGGCCAAAGCAGGGCAAAUACCAACGGUAAAAGUGCAGGCUCGUGAUUUAAUAAGGACAAGAAAGCAGGUUACUAAGUUUGAUAAGAUGAAGACACAACUACAAGCGAUUUCUUUGAGACUUCAGACAAUGAGUUCAUCUACACAGAUGACCAGUACGAUGAGAAAUGCAACUAGAAUCUUGAGUGGAAUGAAUGGACACAUGAAUCUCAAUCAAUUGGGAAGAAUUACGCAAGAAUUUCAGAAGUCGAUGGAUGCCAUGGAUCAGAAGCAAGAGAUGGUGGAUGAUGUGAUGGAUGAUAUGAUGGAUGAUGAGUUGGAAGAUGAAGAUGAGGACGAGAUUGAUGAAGUAGUGGGUAAAGUGCUUGAUGAGGUGGGAGUUAACCUCAAUGAUAAGUUGGGUGACUCUGCGAUCCCAUCGGAGAGCGUUAAAUCAGAGGAGAAGCCCGUUGCAAAUAAACCCCAACUACUUGGAGCUGAAGGUGGUGUAGAUGAUGAUUUACAAGCACGUCUUGACAGCUUGAAAAGGUGA